AUGAACACACCAGUUAUUUCUUCGUGGUCGGUAUAUCACGGACCUUCAGGAGAUUUUGAUGAUAUGGCCGCGCCACCUUCACGUUUUCUUAACGUGUGUGGUGAUUUUGCAAUGACACCAUCGUUUGGUACAUUCGGUCAGGAUCUUAAUAUUUUUGAUGACAGUGUUCAAAAACUUUCUCAAUCUGAAACGAUGGCUUGCCAUGGAACGCAAAAAAAAGACGAUUACUAUGUUAACGCUGGGAACUUUGACUCCUUAGCACCUAAUAAUCCGAUUUUAAUCGUUAAUACCUCGACUGCGGCUAUUCCUGCACCGAGUCCCAUCGUUACUUCUUACUCUCCUCACACGUCAAACGUUACUGAGAAUCCUUUGAUGACUACACCGACAAUCAAGUCUUAUGUAGAGAUAUCCAAAAAAAGCGCUCAAAAUAAUCUCAAUGAUAAUAUUUUUAAUGGUCAAGAAUCGCUCAAACAUCCAUCUUCGAAUAACAUCUAUGGCAAUUCUACAAAGAAGCCCAGCGAAAAUUUAUCGCCGGUUAAAUCAGAUGAUAUUAACGCCAUCGAUGAACUAAACUCCACUCAACCCACACCACCUCCGUCCCAUCAAACAACACCGACUCAAAAAAAACGUCGUGUUAACAAAAAAACUUCCGUGAGUAAUAUUACGGUGGUUCAAAACGCGACAAAUAGCACGUUAACCUCACCAAUUGAUGAGUCAACUAUGUCUCGAGUGCAUAAUGCUAGUAAUGCUUCUUCUUCGACAAGAAAUGCCUCCGUUAGUGGAAAUAAAAAACGUUCCGCCGAAGAUGCUGAAGAAACUGCAGAAGAAAAACGUCGCAAAUUCUUAGAAAGAAAUCGCAUUGCUGUGUCUGAGCACGUAUCUGACACAUUAAAACGUAGUGUCCGUACUGGCAUGUGCAGAGCAUUAAUUUCUCAU